GGUAUUGGGGAACGACCAAAGCUACCAAGGCAGUCUCACUUCUCAGUGACUGGACUCUGUGGUAAUUUGGGGUAUUCUGCUCCGUACUCUGCUCCAAACAUGCGUGGCCUCAGACUUAUUAUAAUACCAGCUGAGCUGCUUCUUUGCUGCCUCCUGCUUGUGGAUGCCAUUUCAUAUAGAAAGCAGACAAAUGUCUUGAUGCACCUUCCCUUGUCCUCGGGAUCCCAGACACCCUCCUCAGACCCCUUGUCCUGCCAGACCAUGCUCCCAAAGUCCUUGCCUGGCUUCACCCACAUGGCCCCUCUACCCAAGUUCCUGGUAGGCCUGGCUCUAAGGAACGCCCUGGAGGAAGCUGGCUGCCAGGCUGACGUCCGGGCCCUGCAGCUUCAGCUCUACCGCUGGGGUGGUGUCAACGCCACACGGGUCCUCAUCCACCAUCUUCAAAGGCUCCAGAAAGGCAGAAGCACACGGAGGGGAGUGUCAGUGGAAGCGCUGGCCACUGCUCUGCAGCUGUUAGCCAGUCAGCAGCCAGGCUCACACAGGGGCCGACGCUCCCUCCCCACCAAUAACUGUGAGAAUGAGCGAGAACAAGGUGUGUACAGUAUCCUCCAGCUAUUGCCAGUAGUGGGAACUUACUACAACCUGGGCACAGCUUUGUAUUAUGCUGCUCAGAACUGCUCAGACAAGGCCAAAGAACGAAGCCAAGAAGGGGCCAUAGAUCUGGGAUAUGACCUUCUGAUGGCCAUGAGCGGGCUGUCAGGGGGGCCGGAGGCUUUAGUGAUCAGUGCUGCACUUAAACCUGCAUUAAAGGCUGGGGUUCAGUGGUUGAUCCAGUAUUAUCAUGAUGAGAAAGAAGCAAACAUCCCUCAGCCAGAGACCAGCAUGGAGGGCUUGGUGGGCACCUCAGAUGCGAGUGACUUGGAAGAAACGACUACAAUGACUCCUUUGGUGUCAGAAGUAGUAAGUUCAGCUCCCUACUGGGGGUGGGCCUUAUUCAAGAGCUAUGACUUAGCUCCUGGGGAUGGGAGUCUUGGAAUAUAAAAGGUGGUGGUAACAAAACAAACAAACAAACAAACAAAAGAAUAAAUCUAAUA